AUGCACUGUGCAAGCACUGGGCAUGGACAGUUUUCGAAAGUCAAGAAGGGGAACUUGAAGUUGCCUCAGAACGAUAAGCUGGUUCAGAACGCUAAGUUGGCUCAGAACGCUAUACUAAACAAGGCUGUCGGCGCAGCCAUCCCUUUGUGUGGAAACAAGGGCAAGUGGAAAGAGGGAGACAAUAGGGUUCGCUCCAUGUUUGUUGCUUGCGACGGCAACAUCCAAGCCAGUUGGCCCAUCCGAUAUUUGCAAUUCUUUAAGAAGCCGAAGACCAAGCUCAUCUGCCCAUCAAGACCUUCGAUAAAGAUGGCUUCCACCUAUGACGCAAGCAAUGUUGCCGACUCCUUCGAGGACCUGUCGUCUCUCUCCUCGAACAAGGACAUCGAGUCUUUGGUCUUGGCCACGACCUACAGCGAUGACGACAAUGACGAUCUUGGCAAGAACAGCAAGGCCACCGACAACGACAACCCCGAGGCUCACGGCACGGAAAAGAAAGCAGAAGUAGACAACCCCAUCAAAACGGAUGACGACAACGAUGAUGGCUUUGUUCACUUGGUCGGGGCUGAUGUGCAAGAUGAAGAGGAUGUCCUGUCUGAGGGUUGGGAGUCCUCACUCUCAAUCUCUCCAGAACCUCAGUGUGCUCAUCAAGAUCUGUCCACCAAGCCUGAACCUCUGCUGUCCGAGAACAAGGCAUCGAAUCGCCUCCAUCAAGAUGACGACACCAACAACAGCCACGACAAAAAAGAUCCAAGUGAAACAACGAUGGCAAAGGCUACCACCAACAACAACACCAACCCGACCUCGGCGUCGUCGAUUCCGAGAAUUGAAAUGCAAAUGAACAAGUACAUCCCUGCAGCGCUCAACAAGCCGAUCCCACCAAUAUUAGUGACGAUAGCCUCAUCACCGCCACCCGACCGUGUUGUCGCAUCUCUCUGGCAACAUGUGGUUCAGAAUGCGGCCAAAGUAGCCACCCGUGCCACUGCUACUGCCACCACACCUGAUGAUGCCAGCGUCCCUUCGCCCCAAGCCAAACAGGUCGCGGAACCCAAGAAGACUGUACUUACCAAACUUCAGGUCACCGGCACCGUUAACCAACCAGCUGCAUCCACCGUUACUGUUGAGCCUUCAAUCUCGCCGGCAACAGGUGCUGCGUUCACUACCACCGACAUGACCCAGUGGCAGGAAGAAGACAAUGGUGUCUGCAAGGCGAUUUUGCCAUCAACAGGAAAGCGCUGCACCCGCCAUUUCGUUGCAGGAUUCUCUGCCCUCCAAUCUAUUACUGCUGCCAUCGCGUUUAUCGCCCAAUGCAAUUGGUCGUACAUGUUGACGAGGAUGUAUGUGUUUGUCCAAUGGCUAGUGAUGUUCUUAUCCGCAGCCAGGAUUGGACUGGUUGCUUAUGAGCUGGCAUUGAACAAGGACCAGAUACAAAAUGCUUGUCUCCACCCCUCUGCCUAUGCCACCGUUGUUGUCGAUACGGAUGGAUCUUCAACUGCCAAGUUACCACCGUCGUUCUAUUGUGGGACAAAGGUGGAUACGUUUGUGAUGGUGGUGAUUGUGGGGAUGAUGGUGGAUUGGCUGCUGAAUGGGUACCUGUACUUUGUGCUGUGGCGGUUCUAUACGAAGAUGCGGUUGUACCCUGAGGCUGUCAAGAAUGGCGACAGUGAGUUCUCGUAUGAGGAGGCACUCGAUGAGGUGUGA